AUGAGUUCCUUUUUCAGUCGCAUCAAGUCUGGCGCUCCGCCGUUGAGUCCUGCGACCAGUAGCAUACCACUCAAGAAGGAUCCCAACGCGCCGGAAGCGACGCCGCUAGAGAAGCUGCUGCUCAAUGCCGGUCCCGUACGCAGCGACGGCAGCGACAAGUUCUUUGGCUUCGAGAAUAACACGCCCCUCUCGCCCGCGGGGCGCACGUCUGUCUCGAGCCCGAAUGCGAGGACACCAGUAAAGCCUGCGACCACGCCCGGCGCCAUGGGCCAGCCCCCUGGCAACAAGCCCGAGGACAACAAGGACUCACCAGAGUACAAGAAGAAGCAGGCCCUGGCCGCUGGCCCGGUCUUGCAGAUGGACUAUGAGAACGCGAAAUCAUAUGGCAUGAACGAAUCCCUUUUCUCUUCACUAAAGGACAUAUUUGAGGCCGUAAUCGCACACAGGUCGCGCAUAGGCGUAGUCAGCCCUCACAAGCUGCUCGAAAUACUGCGACGCGACAACGAAAUGUUCCGAACCCCCAUGCAUCAAGACGCACACGAAUUCCUUAAUCUUCUACUGAACGAGGUUGUAGAAAAUGUAGAGCAGUUUUCAAAAGAUCGCAUAACCGAGGUAGACGCGACCCAAGAGAACGGCACGACAGCGGCUUCGGGUGAUGUAGUGCCCUUUCGAAACUCGGCCGUUUCUGCGAAAUCGAACACGGGAUGGGUACACGAACUGUUUGAGGGCACAUUGACGUCUGAAACAAGAUGCCUGACGUGCGAGAACACAUCACAACGAGACGAGGCUUUCCUAGAUUUGUCCGUCGAUCUGGAGCAACACUCGUCAGUUACGAGCUGUUUGCGCAAGUUCUCUGAAGAGGAAAUGUUGUGCGAGCGGAACAAGUUCCAUUGCGACAACUGCGGAGGUCUGCAAGAGGCAGAGAAGAGGAUGAAGAUCAAGCGGUUACCCAAGAUUCUUGCAUUGCAUCUGAAGCGAUUCAAGUAUACCGAGGAUCUGCAGCGAUUGCAGAAGCUGUUCCACCGUGUCGUAUACCCCUUCUAUCUCCGCUUAUUCAACACUACAGAUGAUGCCGAGGACCCAGACAGGCUGUACGAGCUUUACGCGGUAGUAGUGCACAUUGGAGGCGGACCAUACCACGGCCACUAUGUUUCCAUCAUCAAGACACAAGACCGAGGUUGGCUGCUUUUCGACGACGAGAUGGUUGAGCCGGUAGACAAGGCCUAUGUCAGGAAUUUCUUUGGUGGAGAAAACGUUUUGGCAUGUGCCUAUGUUUUGUUCUAUCAGGAAACCACCGAAGAGGCUAUGAUGAAGGAGCAGGAGGCAGAUGCUCUUGCCGCAGCUGAGCAAGCCGCGAAGAUGGCACAGGAGGAGGUCACGACGCCGAAAACCAACGGCGUCAAUGGCCAUGCACACCACCCCUUCCACAACGCAACGACACCGACAGUGGAAGAAGGUGACAAGUUCGCCAGUCUCGAUCACGCUGCCACAGCACCCCCGCUCGCACGCGCCGAAACGAGCAUCGACCACCACCCCGUAGAGCACAUAACCACACAAGUCCCAGUUCUCACCGCAAAGAAGAGCAACCUGGGCCUUUUCGGCAAAGGCAAAGAAGAAAAGGAGCGCAAAGCCCACGAGAAGGAGCUGGAAAAGGCAGCAAAGCAAAAACGCAAAGAAAUGGAACAGAAACGACGCGAAAACUACCGCAAACAAGAAGAAGAACUCCGCGCUGUCCUCGAAGCCAGCAAAGCGUCCGCCGUGGAAGAGGAGCGCAAACGCUGUGUAAGCGGCGAAGUGCCACCACCCAGCGCUGGCGGCGUCGGCGGCGGCGAAAAGGAAAAGGAGAAGGAGAAACAUGUAAACGGCUUUGGCAGCGUAAAAGGCAUGAGUGGUCUAAGUCGCUUCAGACAUACCUCCAUGAGCCUAAAAUCCAAACCCAAAUUCUGGACCGCGAACAAGGACAAGCACGACAGUGGUCAUGGUCACGGCAAUGGUCAUGGCAAUGGCAACGCCAACCCAGACGAACCUGCACACCCAGAUACCCCGAUCCAAGACACGCCGCCCGACAAGGAUGGCAAGAAUCGUUUCAGCCUGGGCAGAAAGAAGAGCCUUCCUUGA